ACAAUUUCUACAAUGUCCUCAUUGAGGAUUGCCCUUAAUUUCCAAGCUGUAUUUGGAGUCCUGGCCAAUAUGUUUCUCCUUGUUUUCUAUACUUUCAUAAUUCUGUGUCACAGACCUAAGCCCACAGACAUUAUCUCAUGUCAACUGAUCUUCAUCCACAUAGUGCUGCUCCUCACUGGAGAGGAUAUUUGGCUUUGGGACAUACGUGAUGCACUAAAUAUUGAGAAUGACUUCAAAUGUAAGAAGUAUUUUUUCUUAAACCGAGUGAUGAGAAGUCUCUCCAUCUUCAUCACCUGCCUCCUGGGUGUGCUCCAGGCUGUUACUAUCAGUCCCAGUACCAUUUUCUUGGCAAAAUUUAAAUAUACUAAAAAGUACAUGAUUUCUGUUUUCUUAUUUAUUUGGUCUUUCAACUUGUCAUUCAUUAGUUACCGAAUAAUCUAUUCUGGUGCUUUUACCAACAUGAGUGAAACCAAAAAGUUGAAGGUCACAAAAUUCUGCUCACGCUUCUCCAUGAACUACAUCAUCAGGGCACUGAUUUUAACAGUGACAAUGUCCAGAGAUGUAUUUCUUGUAGGACUUAUGCUGGUCACUAGUGCAUACAUGGUGAUCAUCUUGUACAGACAUCAGCGGCAACACAAGUAUCUUCACAACCUCAGCCACCUGAGAGCAUCCCCUGAGAAAAGAGCCACCCAGACCAUCUUGUUACUGGUCGUUUGCUUUGUAGUCAUGUAUUGGGUGGACUUCAUCAUCUCAUUCACCGCAGCCCAGUUAUGGAUGUACCACCCAGUGAUCCUGAGCACUCAGAAUUUCAUAAUGAAUGCCUAUGCCACAAUUACUCCUUUGGUACAAAUCAGUUCUGAUGACAGAAUAAUCAAUAUGCUGAAACACAUACAGUCUUUGAGACACCAUAUUUUCAAAAAGAGAUAA